AUGUCCAAAAGUAAAGUAGCACCCAUAAAACCACAAACAAUGCCGCGAUUAGAACUACUUGCAGCAGUACUCGGGGCAGAAUUACCUAAAUACCUAUCAAAUACCAUACUUUCAAAGUUCUAUACAUCGCAAAUUAUACUGUGGAGUGACUCACAAAUUGUGUUAUCAUGGAUAUCUUCAUCCAAGCCUCUACGACAACAGUUUAUCCGACAUCGAGUGCAAAUGAUUAGAGACAUUACCUCGCAGAGUACGUGGAGAUACUGCCCGACCACGUCCAAUCCUGCAGACCUCAUUACCAGGGGAAUAGACGUUAAAGACUUUAUAUCCAAACAGCAGAGUUGGAAUCAAGGACCCUCAUGGCUUAUAAAGCAAACACAGGAAUGGCCAUCUGUCAACGACAACCAGUUAAAAGACAACAGAGGAAAUUACACGGAGACCCAAUCAAUAAGCGUUAAUCUCGCAAGCGCACAAAAGAGCGCAAAUUUACUGAACGUCAUCGACAUCACCAAAUACAGUACCUUGAACAAGACACUACGAGUUACCGCGCUCGUUAUACUUUUCACCAGGAAACUGAGAGGGAAAAAAAAAUCUGACACAAUUACUACCAUAGACAUGAAACACGCUUGCAUCGUUCUACUCCAAUCUGUACAACAAUUCUACUAUAGAGACAUCCUAUCUAAAAUCAAAGACAAAGGUAAAAGCAAACGGCCAGCAACAAUACAACAACUUAGCCUCUAUUUAGAUGAUGAUGACUUGAUACGAUGUCGCGGAAGGCUUCAAUACGCACAACUUCCACACAACACCAAGUUUCCAAUAUUGAUGCCGAAGGAGAGUCACUUGUCAACUCUUAUUGUUAGAGCAACUCACUGCAUGGUUUUGCACGGCGGCGUACGUGAAACCUUAACGGAACUCAGGCAGUCCUAUUGGAUACCUAAAGGCAGACAGCUAGUAAAAAAGGAAAUAAGGAAGUGCGUAACUUGUAGAAAAGUAGAAGGACCACCAUUUCGCUCAGUUAACGCUCCUCCAUUACCAUAUAUAAGAGUUACAGGGUCCCAACCCUUUCAGGUGACGGGAAUUAACUAUGCCGGACCAUUAUACGUGCGUAAUGCCCACAAAGAAGUCGGAAAAGUCUACAUCUGCCUAUUCACCUGUACAGCAAUACGAGCAGUACAUCUUGAAUUAGUAGAGGAUCAAACAGCCAGCGCAUUUUUGAGAGCCUUCAAGAGAUUUGCAAGUAGAAGAGGAAUUCCAGAAUGCAUAAUUUCGGAUAACGCGAAAACGUUUAAAGCAGGUUCACAAGAUCUAAAAGCCCUCAAAACACAAGUGAUAGAAGCAGCCGAGUCUCAAAGGUUUCUCGCUAACCAUGGCAUCAAAUGGAAAUUUAUCACAGAAAGAGCCCCCUGGUGGGGUGGCUUUUAUGAGCGACUAAUCGGACUAGUCAAAAGAAGGCUGAAGAAAAUGAUUGGAAACACGUCGCUGAAUUCUAUCGAAUUACAGACCAUACUUACAGAGAUCGAAGCUACACUUAACAGUCGGCCACUUACUUAUGCAUAUACAGACAUCAACGACGGUCCACCCCUUACCCCAUCCCAUUUCCUCUGUGGACACAGGCUUCUGACACUGCCAGAUACAGAAGAAGACUCCGACUACAUCCCUCAAGAUUCGGCUAAAGAUCUAACUAGACGAGCGAAGUACCACCAGAAAAUAAUGCAAGCUUUCUGGAAACAAUGGCAAAGGGAAUACUUAACCGGUCUCAGGGAACAACAUUCAUCGCAGAAAAACAUAAACAUAUCGGGGGAACCAGUGACUCAAGGAAAGGUUGUCCUGAUACAUGACGAAACACCGCGAAAUCAAUGGAAACUCUGA